AUGUCUGACGCUGCUAUCUCUUACGCUGCCUUCAUCCUAGCUGACGCUGGUUUGGAAAUCACUUCUGAAAACUUGCAAACCUUGACCAAGGCUGCCGGUGCCAACGUUGACAACGUCUGGGCUGAUGUUUACGCUAAGGCUUUGGAAGGUAAGGACUUGAAGGAAAUCCUAUCUGGUUUCCACACUGCUGGUCCAGCUGUCGGUGGUGCUGCUGCCGCUGGUGGUGCUGCUGCCGCCUCUGGUGAAGCUGCUGCUGAAGAAAAGGCCGAAGAAGAAGCUGAAGAAUCCGAUGACGACAUGGGUUUCGGUUUGUUCGACUAA